AUGCUGCUGCAGCCCGCGCCGUGCGCCCCGAGCGCGGGCUUCCCGCGGCCGCCGGCCGCCCCCGGCGCCAUGCACGGCUCGCAGAAGGACACCACGUUCACCAAGAUCUUCGUGGGCGGCCUGCCCUACCACACCACCGACGCCUCGCUCAGGAAGUACUUCGAGGGCUUCGGGGACAUCGAGGAGGCCGUGGUCAUCACCGACCGCCAGACGGGCAAGUCCCGCGGCUACGGCUUCGUGACUAUGGCCGACCGGGCAGCGGCUGAGAGGGCUUGCAAGGACCCUAACCCCAACAUCGACGGCCGCAAGGCCAACGUGAACCUGGCCUAUCUGGGCGCCAAGCCAAGGAGCCUCCAUUCUGGUUUUGCCAUCGGAGUACAGCAGCUGCACCCCACCUUGAUCCAGCGGACCUAUGGGCUGACCCCCCACUACAUCUACCCUCAAGCCAUCGUCCAGCCCAGCGUGGUGAUCCCGGCCGCCCCCGUCCCAUCGCUGUCCUCACCCUUCCUGGAGUACACGCCGGCCAGCCCAGCCUACACCCAGUUCCCCCCAGCCACAUACGACCAGUACCCGUACGCCGCCUCGCCCGCCUCCGUGACCAGCUUUGUGGGCUACAGCUACCCGGCCGCUGUGCCCCCUGGCCUCUCGGCCUCAGCCCCCACGGGCGCCACCUUCGUGCAGUACCAGCCUCCGCAGCUGCAGCCCGACAGGAUGCAAUGA